AAAAAGCCAUAAGCAAUCAACUCCUUUGCUUUCCUCCCCCUUUUAUAUUUCCCCCCCUCCUGCUCUCUUCCUUCCGUCAAGGGGGGGUGAAAUCCCCGUCUGGAAGGAGCUUUUCAAGGUCCAUGCAUGGCUGGCAGCAAAUUGGAAGAGGUGAGCAGCCGAGAGAAGAUGUGAGAGCUGGAAGGGCCGUGCCGUGGGAGUGGUCCUUGCUUUGUGUGCAAGUGAGGCAGUGAAUGUGCAGCCUCCCACUCUGGGUGCAUCUUUUUUUGGAUGCUGUGUAGUUCCCUGUGUGAAAUGCUUUUUUGGCUAAAAGAAGAAGAGAUGUCACAUCAGGAGCUCACCCAGCGACUGACUACAGUUAUCACCCAUGUGGAUGAAAUCAUGCAGCAGGAGAUACGGCCGCUGGUAGCGGUGGAUAUAAUAGAGCAGCUCCACAGGCAAUUUGCAAUCUUGUCAGGAGGAAGAGGGAAGGAUGGGGCACCCAUUAUAACCUUUCCAGAAUUUGCAGGAUUCAGUGAGAUACCUGAUGACGAUUUUCUCAAUGUGGUCACUUAUCUAACCAGCAUUCCCAGUCUGGAGGCUGCCAGCAUCGGAUUCAUCAUCAUCAUAGACAGACGACGGGACAAAUGGAGUGCAGUCAAGGCAUCCCUGACACGAAUAGCAGGAGCAUUUCCAGGAAACUUGCAGCUGGUGUUUGUCCUGAGACCCUCCCGCUUCAUCCAAAGGGCAAUCGCUGACAUCGGCAUUAAACUCUAUCGAGAUGACUUUAAAAUGAAGGUACCGAUCAUCAUGUUAAAUUCUGUCUCUGAUCUGCAUGGCUACAUUGACAAGAGCCAGCUGACCCGGGAGCUGGGAGGGACCCUGGAGUACGGCCACAGCCAGUGGAUCCAUCACCGAACUGCUAUUGAAAACUUUGCAAUGACAGUAAAAUCAACAGCACAGAUGCUACAGACCUUUGGAACAGACUUAGCAGAGACUGAACUUCCCAAUGAUGUGCAGUGCACAGAGGAGCUUCUCUCCUCACACACCGACCACCACAGCAAGCUGAAGGAUGAGUUGAAGCUAGCAGUGAAGCAGGGGGCCACCUUACUGACAUGCAUCCGGGAGCCAGUCACCCGAAGUGCCAACAGCAAACUCAGUCCAGAUGAGCUGGAAAAUGUGGCCACAGUGGAAAGGUUGUUGGCUCAGUUGGAUGAAACAGAAAAAGCUUUUGAUCAAUUUUGGACCAAGCAUCAUCUAAAACUAGAACAGUGCCUGCAGCUUCGACACUUUGAGCACGAUUUUAGAGAGGUUAAACUGACAUUGGAUAACCUCAUGGAAACACAAGCAGGUUUUGCUGACAUUGGAGACAGUGUGACUCGAGUUGAGAACCUCCUAAAGGAACAGAAACAUCUGGAAGAGAAAGGACAGGAACCUUUGGAGAAGGCCCAGUCUCUAGCUCUCCAUGGAGAACAGCUCAUCCAAAACAACCAUUAUGCAGUUGACUCCAUUAGACCAAAGUGUGUUGAACUCAGGCGGAUUUGUGAUGACUUUACCAAUGAGACCAAGAAAAAGUAUGAUAUUUUGGGAAAGUCUCUUGAGCUGCAUAAGCAGUUAGAUAAGGCAAGCCAAUGGUGUGAAGCUGGAAUCUACCUCUUAGCUUCCCAAGCUGUGGACAAGUGCCAGUCACAAGAGGGAGCUGAAACUGCACUCGUUGAAAUUGAGAAGUUCUUGGUUACAGCUAAGGAACACCAGCUCUCCAACCCGAAGGAGUUCUACAAUCAGUUUGACAUGAUCCUCACCCCUGAAAUAAAGGCCAAUGCCCAAAGAAUUGUACAAAAACUCGAAGAUGUGCAAGAAAUGUUUGAUAAGAGGCAAGUAAGUCUGAAGAAGCUGGCAGCCAAACAGACCAGGCCAGUACAACCUGUUGCUCCACAUCCUGAAUCUUCCCCCAAGCGAGCAUCACCAAAGAUUACCAGACCAGCAGCAGUAGCUACCAACAGGAGGUCUACAGAAAUUUCCUGCCCUCCAAAGACUGUUUCUGAAGUAGAGUUAUCAAAAAAGAAAAGCAUUAAGAAGACAAAAGGUGGAAUUAAGAUUGAAGUGAUGCAUGAAGCCAGUCAAGGAGGAUCUAGCAGAGUCCUGGUGACCAGUGAAAGUGAUGAGAACUUGUCAACGAGGAGGAGCCACAUAAUCAAUGAGCUGAUAGAAACAGAACGGGUUUAUGUAGAAGAACUUCAAAGUAUAAUAGAGGGGUAUGCUUCAGAAAUGGACAAUCCCAAUUUAGUACAUCUGAUUCCAUCUGCACUUCAGAACAAAAAGGAAAUUCUUUUUGGGAACCUCCCAGAAAUCUACUAUUUCCACAACAGGAUUUUCCUUAAGGAGAUAGAAAAUUGCAUUGAAAACCCUGAGCUUCUUGCCCGAUGCUUUCUGAAAAGAAAGGAGGACCUCCAAAUAUAUGAAAAGUACUGUCAGAACAAACCAAGGUCUGAAGCUCUCUGGAGACAGUGUGGAGACAGCAUCUUUUUUCAGGAAUGCCAGCGUAAAUUGGAUCAUAAGCUCUCACUUGAUGCCUAUCUAUUAAAGCCAGUUCAGAGAAUCACCAAGUACCAGCUGCUGCUAAAGGAAAUGCUGAAGUGCAGCAAGAAUUCAGAAGGUACUGCUGAACUGGAAGAAGCCCUGGCCACGGUGCUUGAUAUCAUCAAAUCAGUAAAUGAUUCCAUGCACCAGAUAGCAAUCACAGGAUAUGAGGGGGAUGUCAGUGAGCUUGGCAAGCUGUUGAUGCAGGGUUCCUUCAAUGUAUGGACUGACCACAAGAAAGGGCACAACAAAGUGAAGGACUUGGCUAGAUUCAAACCAAUGCAGAGACACCUCUUCCUCUAUACAAAGAUGCUGCUUUUCUGCAAGAAAAGGGAGGAGAACACCGAUGGCCAUGAGAAGACUGCUUCAUACAGCUUUAAAAAUUCCUUAAAGAUGAGCACUGUGGGCAUUACAGAAAAUGUAAAAGGGGAUAACAAGAAGUUUGAGAUCUGGUAUAAUGGCAGAGAAGAAGUCUAUAUCAUUCAGGCAUCUUCUGUAGAGCUGAAAAACACCUGGAUUUCAGAGAUCCGCAAAGUCCUGACAGGACAGCUGGAAGCGUGCAGAGAAGCAAGUCAACUGCACCAAAGAAUCACUGAGAGUGUGUAUCAUGCACCAAUGGAUUCCUCCAAUGCAAGCAGGUACAGCAGGAAGUCAUCAAGUAUAUAUGAAAACAAAUCGGACACAUCAAAUGUGGAUGCAUCUAACAAUAAAAACAGGAAUUCCAGUCCCAGCGCCAGACAAAAGAGAGAUGCUUUUGAGAACACCAUUUUGGCCCAGACUAAAUGUAAUGCCGGUUCCACCACGAGAUCCGUACCUAGAUCUGCUUCACAGACAGGUUGGCCCAGCAGACAAAUGCCUUCUCUAGACACAUUUGAAGAUUUCGAAGCCAUCCCUUCCAGCAUGGAUGAACUCUCCAACUCUUCUGAUUUGGAGGAAGAGACCAACCCUAAUAAUGGGAGCAAUCUAUUCCGUGUUGAAGGCAGUUUUGACAGCUGUUUCCCAGAUUCUCUUACUCUUGAGGAUGGAGAUUUAGUGCAGUUUGUGCAGGAAGGAGAGAAUGGUCAAUGGUUAGUGAAGAAACUGGUGUCUGAGAAAAGCGACUGGGUUCCCUCCAGUAUAUUGCAGCCAGCAGAGGGGGACAGUAACAACAUAAUUAAGAGCAGCAAUGCAGACACGUACAACGAUUCCUGCAGCACAGCUUCAGUAGAGUCAGACACGAAGGAAAGUGAGGUGGCCAAAAGCUUCCCAGCAGAACAGAGGGCUGGCAGCUGAACAGCAGGACCAGCCUUCCUCAGGACCCGUCCACCUGUCUUUAUCUUGGGUGGACAUUGGAUCAAAGUUGCCUUUCUCACAAGCUCUGAGGUUCAUAAUUCACUAAAAUUUUAUCAACAUGAACAGAUGAGAACUGUGCUGUCCACCUGGCAAGCUGGGAAAAACAAACUUGAAAGGAGCAUUAAACAUCCAGAAAACAUCAAACCUACCUUCAGUAUUAGAGGAGAAAAAUGCUUCUCGCAUUGAUUAUCAAACUGUUUCAGAAGAUGUGGCCUAAAUUAGGUCGACAGCAGAGCUGAAGAGUUUCUAUGCACGCACCUUUUGGCAACUUUGCUUGAGCACCACAUCACUGCAGAGGGGCACGUGGUGGUUACGAGUCCUUGCACCACCCUGGGGUCACCUGGAGGUUUUUCCAUUUGCUUGCCUCUGGCUGUGCCUUCCCUGUCCUCCUUAAUUCCAGCUGAUACAUCAUCACAAAUGUGCCCUUUUUGAUCAACACCAAAAACACCCCACCUAAGGGUGGCUGUGGAAGGGAGACUCCUGGCUGGGACCAUCAGAGGGGCUCUGUGCAGCAGUGGGGGGACUCCUCUGCGGGAGGGUCCUGCUGCACACAGCAUUCCACACCUGGAACGUGGCAGCUCCUGGCUGGGAGGUGCAGGGCUGAGCAGGGAAGUAAAGACAUGUAACAGCUACUGUGACAAAGAACACUUUGAACUCUUUUUACAGUCUAAGUCAUUCCUCUGUCCCCUCUACAGUCUCUGGUUUCUGGAUCACAACCCUUUGCAUUUGGUGCCGAAAAUUCAGUUGAAUGCCAUUUACUGUCACACUUUUAAGUAGACUGCAUGCUUUCCUUGUGUGCUGGGCUAUGAGUAGAUACAUUUCACCCCCCAUUUGGAAUAUACUUAAUCAUUGCAAAUAGGCAGUGAGCAUUAGAUGAGUGGAUAAAGUGUUGUUGUUAAAUACUUCUUUCCAGGCCGUUUGAUGAAAGGACUGUACCAAAUCUCUGCCACAUAAGGAUGUAAUGUAUAAUAUAAAGUGAUUGCAGAUGUUAUGAUUCCUACACAAGCCAUUAGCUCAUUUAGAGCAGCUGUUAAGGCAUGAAGGCAUUUUGAUGGUAAUUGGGUCUUAGGUCCCACAAAAGCUGCUAGUACUUUAGUAAAGAUAAAUAUUGACUAAGGGUGCAAACAGGCAAAGAUCGGUCUGGUAAAAAUGAGCCCAGAAGAAGCUCAAGAGUGAGUGGCUUUCACUCUUAGGUAUGUUUUGUUUAACCCUCAGACUAGCGGUGCUUUAUGUAAAUAACAAAGGGCACUAAAAGCACUAGAAAUGGAGAUGAAGCAAAACCAAAACCUACUCUUUACUAAUUGAUCCUCUGAGCAAAGCAGUGUGUGUAUCAUUUCUGCUCUCACCUUCACAGGGACUCGAAUGUUUUCCUUUGUGUCUCAGUGGAGGCUGGCGUUGCAAGUACCUUAGUGUGUGAGUCAGGAUAAGCAGAGUCCUGUUUGAGAAAAAGCCUUGGAGUAGGCAAAGGCUUAGUCAGAUUUUUUUUUGCCUGUGAAGACUUAUUGCUUGAUUAUAAGUUGCACUGUGGUGAUUGAUUCCCAUGGCUCUUCUAACUCUCCAUAUCUAAACUCUGUGAUUUUUGACAUUUUCUGUUCAUGACUAAAGGACCUUUCUGGAAGCUAUUUCUGUCCUACAGAGGUAGGAGUUUGCCUGUUUGUGUUGGUCAUAUACCUCAAAAAUGACAUGCAGGCUCUCAGGAACAUGAAUCCUCUUGGUCUACUGUGGUUAUCAGCAUCUUGCAGGAAAAAUUUAUUCAAUUCAGUCCUCUAAGGAAAUACACAGUGAUGUUUUCUUAUAGUGCAGUUACUUUCUCCUCUCUCUAAAACAAAUUCAUCCUGGUUUCUCUAUUCCUUUCAGUAAUUUUUGCACAGAAAGAGUUCUGCUGUCUACCCCUGCCCUAAGCAUAGGAGAGGGAAGGGCUAGGCAGCUUUGAUUGCACAUUAGUGAGUAUAGUAAGCUUUUGUGUGUGGGAGAGAGAGAUGGGGGAGGAUUACCCUGGGUGUGUGAAACUGCCAAAAUGAAAAUUUGUGGCAUUACUGAUGGAUGGAAAGAUAAAAAACCUGCACUUUGGAGUUUUAUUUUUGAGGAAUCUCAUUCUGAUUGUGAAAUGGCAAAGAGAAGUCUCUGAACUGAAGAUGAGAAGUCAGGUAUUGUCAGUCCAUACCUCUGCAUGAGCAGGGUGACAGUGUGCUGAUCCUACAUCCCUUGGUACCCUGGCACCUUCCUGUAAAAUGGAAGCUAUUGAAUUUCCCAUUAAAUACUAAAUUUUACCAUGUAUACAAAAAUUAGGGACCCUUCAGGGAAAAGUAAAGCAUUUCACUCCAUAUGCCUCAAUGUGCCCUCCAAGAGUGCCACUGGUGGGAUCCUGUGGAGCAGGGAAUGGGGUUACUGAGGAAAAGGGUCCUCUCUCAGCUCCAGACCAUCAGUCAUGGCAACUGCAAAGGUAGGGGCUGGAUUAUUGCAUUCUCCUCCCUACUUCGCUUUUGAAAACCUUUCCCCCUCCAAAAAAAGUCUCAUGUUUUAUCCUGCUAGACCAAAGUUUGAGUGUGUGCUGCUCCAUGGAUGCCCUGGGGAUGACAGGUCCCUCUGUGCCAUGGCUGUGCAGCAGUGGCACAGCACUCAGCUCACUGUGCCACAGCUCCUCGGGCACACUGAGCCUGAGCAGGGAACUCCCAACCAUGAAUUGUCUUUAACCUCCCUGCAGUGCCAGGUGCCUGUUUCUGCCUCCAUGUUCCCAACCCAGGGCCCAGGGCAGCCCUGGCAGGGUGUCCUGGGCAGUGACAGAGCCCUUUGAUUCAAGAGUCAGUGAGACACGGCCCCUGCAGUGCUGGCUUUGGGAAAGAAUGAGUUCAGUGACAGACCAGGCUGCUGACAAAUCCUAGAGCAGUCCACAAAGGAAUAAACUUCUGGCUCUGCUGAUCAGACAAAAUGAGGUUUGAUGACUUUUGGAGUUCUAAAAAUAGUAUGCAGGAUAGCAUUUUAAUUAGUGUCUUUCUGUCAAGCAAGGUGAUAAUUAAGGGAAUGACUCUUCAUGUACAGUCUAGAAGAUGAUUUGGUAAAGCCCAGCAAGACUAAUGUGUAUGUUAGGGUAUGCUUAUGCUGUCUGUAGGUCUUUGACACCAUCCCUUUCAGGUAAAUGGACCUAAAUAUCAUAGUUUUCAAAUAAGGAUUUCAUUUCAGUGUUGUUUGGAGAUGCUAUAGUGACCACUUAGAAGUCAUUUAAAAGUAAUGGUUGUGACUAAGUUUUGGCUGUAGAAGACACCAGAUCCCAGGUAAAUCCAUGUGCAGCAGCCCUUGCUGCUGGCCCCAUGCCUGGCUGUGUUUCCUGGGCUGGUCACACCUGCCUUCCAGGCUGAGGGUUUGCCUGGGCUCUCCUCCCUCUGCUCUGCUGCUCCUCUGCAGAACUUCAGAAACUUCACAUCCUCAAAAUGCUCACUCAGGUGGAGUGGGCUGCACCCCAAUUCUGGCACCAAUGGCAAAGAGAAGACAGGCAGUUGCAUGACACAUGAGUCUUGUUUUUAGUAAACCAGGCUAAAAUAGAAUCAGGCCUGAUCCUCUCCUCUCACCUGGAACCCCACCAGGUGGAGAACCAGACCAGUGGUCGUUGUCUUGAACACAAACAGCUGCAGCCAAACCACAUCUGAGCUCUGGCUUUUCUCGCCAGUGACAGCAAAGCUCUGUGUGUGUCUUUUGUUCUGGUCGUGUGUGUGAUGAGAAGCCAUUUUAUUAUUUAUGAUUUUCUUAGAGUCUUGAUAUUUCAAACAGGAUUGGGUAUGAGAAAGGCCAUGUGCUUCCUUUCCAAAAAUACUCAAAGAGUUCAAAUAUAUAUAUGAUUAGAAAUAUAUAAAUAUAAUAAGAAAAAAAGAUCCAAAAUGUGUAUUUCUUCUUGCAGCUGGACUGAAAUAGCUGCUAAGGUUUCUUCUCCCCAGCUGAGAAUUGGUACAGUUUGUUUUUCUUACAUGAUUUCCAUGGUGUUGAUAAUGAUGUAUUUGUAUAUUGUGACUGAUGAGAGAUAAUCAUACAGGGAAAGAGCACAGAAUUAUCUGUCCUUUUUUCCAGUCAAGAAAGAAUGUAUGAAUUUAUUACAAGAAAAAAAGUGUGCAAAUGAACUUCCUGUAAUUAGGCCAUUCUGACCUGUGUAGAACCACACUUCGUUUGAAAUUUAUAAAAAUUAUAACUAGUACAAAA